UCCGGCUUCCUGAUCCGCGACCGUGCGUAAAACAUCCAUGGCCAAAACACAGCAGAGAUGAUGGAUAAACUCCGUGAAAUGCCAUCGCUACCGUCUCUAACAUAGAUCAGACUGCAAGAUUAGGGCUAAAAACGUAAACCAGCUAUGGACGAUACGUGGGAUUUUGAGUUUCUGUCGCGAAUAGCAGACAGCUGUUUAUCCUUUCUCUCUGAGUUUGUGGAGGACUGGCUUGCUAACGACAUGCGAGUAUCUAUAUUUAAAAUUCUUCUUAGCUGGCUAAUAUUUAGCCUGAUUGCUAUCCAUUUUGCUUGGAAAGUAUACGGGAAUACAGUAAACGACAUGUAUUACCGACAGGGAACCGGCCAGAAUGGAGGUACACCUGACACAGCCUCUCACCUGGGUGGAUGGGACAGUGCUGCUGGGGAUACACCGAAAGAUCAUCGGGAUUAAGAGGACAAUAAAUUAAACUUGUUGUUUAU